AUGACUCAAUGCCGGGGCACGACGACGGCGUCUUCGCAGAGGCCAGGUUACGGUGGACACGUGUGUGUAGCGUGGCCGACGGUCCGUCAGACCGAGGAACGCCGUGCUCUCGUCGUAUCGCCUCCGAUUGAUUCCCGCUUGUUUAUACUUUAUCUGACGCUCGGUAAUUGAUGGGAGGCACAAUAAACAACCCGGCCGCAGUAAUGAGAAGACUUCUGGGGCCAGUUUCAGGAGGAAGUUUUUAGCUUCUUUGUUCGAAAUCGGUAGUUUUUUUGAAUACCUUGCUAACUAGGGAACGUUUUUUACCCCCCGAUUGAACUUUUGAUGAAACUUUGCGGAAGUGUACUUUAGGACCCCCUGAUUCCAGAACAGAAAGAAAAUUUCUCGCAAUAGAUCUUGUAUCCGAGUUAGGACACUUCAAAAGCCCGAAAUAACGCUUUUUUGGACUAAUUUGCGUAUUUUGCACACUUUGAAGCUCCAUAUUUCGGAAAAAUUGCGAGAAAUUUUUUUUUUCUGCAACCAGGAGUCCUAAAGUACAUUUCGGCAAAGUUUCAGCAAAAGUUCAACCGCGGGGGGAAGGGGGGUAAAAAAACGUUGUGAGUUCAAAUUAGGCUUCACGACCUAAAUUCAAAUCAAAUUGAUCCUAGAACUCGAGCAGAUUUUGCUCAAAAACGCCACAUACCUAUAAUUUUGGACCCGGAAAUCCAUUAAAAAAGGCAGUGGAAAACUUCAAAAUGAUCCAACGCAAUUAAAGUUUACCCAAAAAAUACCGCUAAAGCCUCACUUAUCAUUUAUCAAACCAAAAUGAUCUUCCUAAACCCUAAACUAAUCUCAGAAUCCAAAAACAACUUUGGAAGACUUCAUAGUCUGUUCGACGGGCAGACGUAUAGUCGGGGGGCAGAUAAGCCAGACGGAGUGACCUGUCGAUUUGUUGACGACGAACAACAGAUCGACGUCGGAUCAACAAUCAGUUGGCCUCGAUGCUCUUCACGUGCGGUCCCUCCAGUCAUCGUACAGCUUUAG